AUGCCCCACGAUGAGCACGCCGCCGCGGCGCCGCCUCCGCCGGCUCCAGAGCCGCCGGAGCCAGAGCGGGAGCCAACGUGGACCCGCAGGGACGACAAGUUGCUGGAGCUGCUGCUCGUGACCAGCAGCAUCGUCGCCAUCCACUACGGCUCGGACAUCAUCGGCAAGACGCUGGCCCAGAUGGAACGGCGGUCCCGCUUUAUGUUCACCGAGCUGAGGCACGUCCUCGAGGCGCUGGACGUGGAGACGCCCCCCGAGUGGGACAUGGAGAUCGCUGCUACGGCCGCGGCGCCAGCAGCGGAGGAAGAAGCGCCCGAGGCGGCGGUACCUUCUGCCCCACCAGUCGCGGUGGCGGAGGACUCUGCUUUGCCAACGGUUGUCGGCGGCGGCGGUGGCACGUCCGAGGGCAGGCAAGUACGCAGGAAGAAGAAGAAGGCUGUGAAGUGGACGCCAGAUGAGCACAGGUAUUUCUUAGCAGGUCUCGACAAAUAUAAAGGCAACUGGAAGGCGAUGGCGAUGGAGUACCUGCCGUCCAGGAGCGCGAGCCAGAUCGCCAGCCAUUACCAGAAGUACCAGAACAGGGAGAAGCAGAGGGAGCGCGACGAGUGCAGGCGAGCGAGCAUACACGACAUCACUGAACCUGCGAGCGCCGCCGCACUUGCAGUAGCAGGUGGUGGCGCAGCGACUGCACGGAGGAAAGACGACGGUGAUCUUCCAACAAGAGCUGAGGCUAGCGCUCGGGGUCAAGAAGGUGAACCACGGGAGCCAAUUUGGGUGGUGGAAGUCAAGCUGGAGCUUGCGUACCAGUACGCUAGGAAAGGGGCGUGCCUUUCGCUGGUGGCCCGGAGGAAGCACGCGCUGGAGGGCGUCGCCGCGGCCGCCCGGGAACGCGGCGCGCCGGACGUUCUUGUGGUUCCGGCCGACGUCUCCGACCCCGAGCAAUCGAGACGCGCCGUCGAGGAAACCGUCGCCCACUUCGGCAAAUUGAACCAUCUGGUUGCCAACGCCGGGGCCUGGUCCAUCUCCUUCUUCGACGAAAUCACCAAUAUAACUGCGUUCACCAAGAUGAUGGACGUGAACUUCUGGGGCUCUGUCUACCCAACCAACUACGCCCUGCCACACCUCAAGGCCAGCAAAGGAAAGCUCAUCGUGUCUUCCUCCAUAGCGGCGACGGCGCCUACAUCUAGGUUGAGCUUGUACAAUGCCACCAAGGCAGCACAGCUCAGGUUCUACGAGACGCUGAGAUCCGAGCUUGGCUCGGAGGUUGGCGUGACCAUACUGACCGCCGGUUUCGUGGAGUCCGAGAUGACCAGGGGCAAGGCAAUCCAGAGAGACGGCGAGGUCGCCGUCGACGAGGAGGCCAGAGAUGUGCAGAUCGGGGUGUUCCCAGUGGCCCGUGUCGAGAAGCUGUGCGAGGCAGCCCUGAACGGCAUCCGGAGAGGCGACUGGUACGUGACAUGGCCGUCGCUGUACCUGACGGUGCCGCUGAUCGCCUGCCUUGCCCCCGAGGUCUUGACCUGGCAGUCCUACGCGCUGUACAACGCCAAGAAGGGGAGCCCGCCGCUGAGCCAGAGGAUGCUGGACGCCACCGGAGCCAAAAGGUUCUACCCGCCGGCGCUUCGGCACCAUCCAGGCAUCAAGACGGAGAGGACUGAUGAUCACAAGGAAGAUGCAGCGUCAAAUGUGUAA